UCAGUGAUACACGCGUCAUAAGAGAGAGAAAGGGAGAGAAAUUGUAUUAGUAGACCUAAUAAAACCCUUUCUUCCCUGAAUCUUCUUCUCCUCCGAGUCCACUCCACACCAAAAGGAGCUCGUCAGCCGCUGAAAUCGUGUGUUUUCCGGCGAAAUAGCGGAGGUUAUAAAGGGGCGAUGAGAGGGGGCUUGGGGAUUACAGAUAUUUGAGGCGCAAGUGCUUAUAGAUCUGAGCUGAGGUGGUCGGAACCCCCGAGUUCAACUGCACCACAAUCAUCACCGUCGCCGGAACCAGCUCAAAGCACGUGCAUCCUUUUGGUGCUAUGUAUGUUUAUGUAGCAGGGAAGGGAAUUACUGUGUGCUUUAUUUGGAUCGAUAAGUAGAGUAACUGAUUUUCGUUGCAAUUUAGUCUUCUAUUCAAACCUAUAUUUAUUGUAUAGAUAUGUGAAUCCUUUUAAGAAUUCCUAUUCAAACCGGUAGUUAUUAAAAAAAACUCAUAUAGAUCAUAGUCUAGAUGCAGGGGAUUUCUUAAGAGGUCGCUUGUCGACUAAACCGUUGCUGAUCAGUGAAAUCACCGACAUUCUCUACCGGUUGUGAAGUAAGUUAUAUAGAUGUUUGUUUUUCCUUCUACGUGACCUAAUCUGCAAUUGUUUUUCACAUUAAAGUUUACGAUUUGAUGUAAUAAGGAAUCUAUUAUAUACCAUGAUGUUGAAUGAAGGCAUAAUUAAAUGUUAGGGUUAAUGAAUACAAGAUGGGGUAUUGUGACUUGUAAGUAAGUCAUACUGUUUCAUAUAAUGGUAAAUAAAUUUAUAAAUAUAACUGAUGAUACUUACUUUAGAUGUUAAUAACAGUAUAAUUUUGAUAGAACUAUGAUGUAUAUUAUGAAAUGGGUGUGUACGGGUAUCAAACCAAUGUGUUAUGUUCCAAAAAAAAAAAAAGAUUUUUUGAAUCCCGAAUGUUUGUUUGUAUGAAUACAAAAUGGGGAAUCUCAGUUAUGGGUGAAAACAAAGAAAAUGGAAUAUUAACCAACAGAAGGAAUACAUUAAGGUUUAAUAGUUGAUAUGAUUUCUAACCCGUAUCCUAAGUAUGUGAUAUUUAAGUUGCAAGUUAGCAUUUUUGUUGAUGCUUGGCCUAAACAAGGAGGAUGAAGAAGACAAUAUGUGAUUAAAGGUCCUCUAAGUGAGUUAAGUGAACCUCAACAAGUUCAAGCACAUAGGGAAACCAGCAGCGGUAUUUCGUCAAGAACCUGUAUUCAUUCACAAUCGUUGAAAUCCUCAACAAAUACACUCAAGAAGACAAUACGCUAUGCCCCUUGCCUUACUAACAUCAAAGACAUGGCCUUUGGUUGUGGACAUCAGGUGGGAAGCUUUAAAUUGUGUUACUUUAUUAUAGUGGAGAGCGUGAUGAAUGAAGAAGCUGAGAAGUAAGUCUUUUAAAAGCUGCCGACAAUGAAGAAUAGGUAGGUUGAACCCAAAAAAGGCCCUCGUCCAUCUUUUGCACAACUUGUCUACAUAUCACUCUUCAUGUUAGUAUGCUAAGUUGUGAUAAAUUUUAAAUAGCACAACAUUUUGUAUAGCUUCGUUUUGUACACCUUUCAUAUAUAAGUUAGGCGAUGCAGCUAUGAAACGUCGGCGUAACAAAUACUUGGUUUUAUUUAGUACGGCUAUGAAUGGAUCCCCGCCGCAUCGCGCGGGUGAUAAAUCCUAGUUUAAAUUAAAUGGGUCUUAAGGGGCAUGGGUCCGGAUUAUUUAUGUGGGUCGGGUCAGGAUAUAACCCGAAUUGUAAAAAUAAAAAAAUAAAAACCACAUUAAAAUAAAACGAAUUGCAUGCCAGUAUCUGAUCAUCUCCUUCGUAAGACCCUAGACGCCAUUGUCAUCUUCAACCUCUAGUUUCGCCAAACCUGCACCAAAUCGAGUGGUUCUUGGGUGUAACUUGCUUAGUUUUUCGAGGAGAACAAAACCUCAGUGUUCGUUUUAUACGAUUCUCGCUCGUUUGUGAGGAAUCAGAGAAGGAAGGGACGAACCCUAAUUUUUAAAAUUGGGGGUUUUCGUUUUUUUUAGUUCCUGACGUUCAAUUUAGGUCCAAGCAAGUGUUUUCAGCAACAAAGGUAUGUGUUUCUCCACCGAAUCAUAUGAUUAGUAAGGUAUGAUCAGUAUAUGUCUUGAUAGUGAUGGUCAGGUAUUGCAAAUAAGAAUGUGGGUGCAUUUUUUUUUUUGUGUGUUAAUAAUGAGAUUGUGAUGGAUGCUAGGCUUUGUUGCUAGCACGGGGUAUCUCUAUGGCUACUAGCAGGUGUUAAUGGUUUAUCGAAUGUUCAUAAAAGCAAUUUUGUUGAUUCUAAAAGUCAACGAAUUGAGAAUUCAUGAACCUUUUGAAUGUGGUAAUUUGUUGAUGCUUAAAAAAAAGAGAAAAAAAAAACUUGUGUGUUUUGGAUCGCUAAGUAACUAACACGGUUGGACUCGAUAAACCAAGUAGCCAGAGUUUUAAAUAAGUUUGGGGAGGUUAUUGGAAAAUGGUGCACCCUUGUUUAACUGAUACGUACGUUUUGAAACGUUCCACUGUGAAUUCUUGACUUGACUUGGUUGUUUGGUUGUUGCUUGUUAUGUGUGUAGGAUGGGCAGAACAAUCAAAAGCAAGAAUAAGGGUGUUGCUAGUUUGUCCGAAUCAGCGUCAUCACGAUCCGUAAGACAAAAGAGAGUUGGGACAUCAAGGGGUCAGGAUGGUCCGUCAGGUGGAGCACAACUUGUACAACAUGAACACAUUGACGUCCACGUAGAGCUGAAUGGACGGGUGGUUCAUUGCUGAAGAUCCAUUCACAUUGGCAAUUAAAUGCAUUUAAUGAAAAAAUGGCGAAGAAUUCUAUUAGAGAGGCUGGUUUUCAGUGGGAAAAGGAGAUGACUAUGGAUCAGUUCCGACUGUUUGGGAUAGUUCUCAAAUUUAAAGCCUUAGGUUGGGAAGCCGCUUUAAGUUGCUAUGAUGGUGAAAGUGAAAGGUUGUAUCUGGAUGAUGUUCAACAAUGGGUUGGGACUUUGAAAAUGGACCCUGGUAGACGUUCACCGAAAACAAUGUCGUUGACAGGUAGAGCUGGUGGAGUUGACGUAACAAUGUCAAUGGAGACACUUAAUGAAAUCGCUCGAUUUGAUUCAAAACCAGCCAGUCAAUACAGUUACCCUACUGAGGAAGAAUUAAAACAUCCUGAGAAGCAGUCGACAUGGGAUGCAAUGUUGGAUGAGAUUUUUCUAGAGGGGAAGGGUAGAGGUGCAGAUAAAAAGGAGGAACUAAGAGUACCAGCGAGGUUAUUGUUAACAAUAGUGCAACAACAAGUCAUGCCAAGAAAAAGUGACAGAGCAUCUGUGAGGAAUCCCGAUGUGCCUAUUUUGUACUCUUUGAUCAUGAGCAGACCGAAGAUAUCUUUUAGAUAUCUUGUUAUGAUGAACACUUGGAUGUCUAGGAAUGAUUUUAAAAGGUGGCAAAUCCCACAUGUUCGUUUGAUUACCGCAUUGCUGAAGCAACAUGGGGCAAUUAGAGAGGGUUCUCCUUUUCACAUUGUGCAGAAAAAGUUCACACCAUGGACCCUUGAUGGGUUGAAAAAAUUUGGAUGGAAGUAUACCCGAACAGAACGUUACCACAAGUUAAAGCAUCAAGGUAGAAAAUGGAGGGUUUUGAGACCCGAUGCUAGGCAAUUGGAACCGGGUGAGAGAGAUGAACCUCAGAGUGAUGAUUCAGUGAUGGGUGAAAGUGAUGGUGAAGACGCUGAGGUUGAUGAGGGGCCUUCUGUUAGGGCCAGGGCUGGUGUUGGUUCGAGCAUGCUUCAACUUAGGGGUAUGCAGUUUGGUUUUGAGGAUACUUGUCCAGGGUUGGAUCAGUUGGUCCAGCAGGCAAGACCUUCCGACUAUGGCGAAUGGCCUGCGUAUUAUCAGGUAAUCUUUGAUCAGAAUACCCGAGGUUUUGCGCAAUUAAGAUGGGAUGCUCAGCGAAAUUAUAGUAGGCAGGAGCUUUGGAACCGCAUUCAUGAAUAUACUCACCAAAGGGAGAUCAAUCACAGGGCUGAGGAUGAUCGACAGAGGCGGUUGCACACAGCAUGGCGUACAGGUCAGCCGGUGGUGGAAAACCCACCACACAUUGACUACACUUCCCUUCCGCCUUAUGAUGGUUCAGUUGACUACCCAGUGCCUCCGGUUCACCAUUCAGAGUGGGUGGACCCACACCAAGAGCGCGCUCAAAAUCAGGAGGAAGGUCGGGUAGUAGGAGCAUUUGGAUUCGGGGAAUUUGUGGACACGUUGACGUCCAUCUUUGGACCUCCUCAGCAUCGUUAUCACUGAGCACUCGCUGAUCGGUGUCGAUCAGGUCCAUGUGUUCUUCCUAUCUCUUGUGUUUUGUAUUUUUUUUUCUUAUAUUGUGUGUUGGGUGGUGGUUUAGACCAUAGGCGGUUUGGCGGUGUUUUGUUUUGUUUAUUUGUGUAGGAUUUAUGUGGUUGUCUCUUUGGUGGUGUAAAACAUUAUACUAUGUGUUGGGUAUGGUAUUAGUGGGUUUUUGUCUUGUGUAGAUGGAUGGGUGGUUGAAAUGAGUCGCUUGAAUGGGAUAAAUUGCAUGUUGGUAAAUCACACAUUUGACCAUAAAACCUAUACAUUGGGGACAAUGUAUCCCAAGUGUGGGGAUGAGGGAAGUUUUUGAAAAAUUGAAAAAUUUUAAAUUUUUGUCUUAAAAGCGGUCUAAUCGGGCGUGAAAGCGGCUUUUUCAGUACAUCUACUCGUCUCUGCUUGUGGUGCGCGGGUCCUUAGUCAUGGUCUAAUCUUACAGAAUAGUAAUAUGAGCCGUUUUCAGCAGGUGUUUUUAGAAAAAAAAUGUUUAGAACUUGCCUAACUAGGGGUGACAAGUUGUUGGUAAUAAAUGCAUGCACACAUCGGUAACCUUAUUCCCCACGUUAGUGAGAUUUUGAGCCUACUAGAAUGUUAGUUGAAUUGAGAUUUAUAUAUUCAUUUGUUGAGAGUAGGCCGUAUGUUUCUCUGUUUUAGAACUUGUGUGAUUCGAUACAUGCUGAGACUUUGGACUAGAUAUAUGCACAUAAAUGAUAAAGGCACAUUAGGAUCUCCUUUUUCUUUUACACCUUUGAUAACCGAUUACCCAAAAAUUAACCAUAGUAGCCAACUUUGAGCCUUAUACCUGUUCGUUUGUCAAACCCAAGUCAUUAUCCAAACCGACCCGUUACAUUACCAACCGUAAAUGACAAUCUAUGUGUUCAGUUGUUUAUGUUGUUGAAAAAAAAAAGUAGUAGCGAUGAGAAAAAAGAAGAAAAAAGAGAAAAAGAGAAAAUUCAGUCAAGUAAAUAGGCCAAAUGGUCGAAAUAGGCGGCUGGAGAAAAAUAUAUAUUUGUUAUUUAUUAAGUUAGUGUGAAUAAAGAUUGUCAUGUAUUGGUAUCUCCCUAUUCGUUUAGCCACUUAAAAUAGCCAAAAAUUCACCACCUUUACCCUAAGCCCAAAACCCGUAAGUCCUUUAGAUAUGUGCGUUGUCUAUGUGAUAGAGUGGAGGUGUGAUUGUCAUACAAGCAUAUGAAUACAGAGUUUCAUAUUCGGUUAAUGAGUGUUUCAUACUAGCGCAUUACAUGCUAGUUCAGAUAUUAAACCGAGGGGAGCGACAAAUUGUGAGGGGUGUGUUGCAUGAAAAUAAAAACCGGGAGCAUGUUAGGCUUAGUUGGGCGAGUUCUGUUUCAAAAAUGUGUACUGUGUUUGCUUGCUGAAUUAACACAUCUAAUGCUAAUCAAGGAAUGGGGUAUGACUUUGGACCCUAGCUAAUGCAUAGUGGGGGCGUUUGGGGUAUUCGUUAUUUGUCCGUGAUAACGUUUCGAAUGGAGUUGCUUGAGGGCAAGCAAAGGUCAAGUGUGGGGAUGUGAUGGAUGGUAUUUGGAUUGUGAUUUAUAUGCGUUUAAUGUCCAAUCUUAUGCAUAUUUGAGUGUUUAUAUGUGUGGAAUUGGAUAACUAUGAGAAAAUGAUGCUUUGCAGGUUAAAUGUGAAGAUUAGAGGUGUUUUGGAGAAUGCAAAUGGAGAGUAAAUAAAGAUAUCAAAGCAUGAUAUGAUAGAGAAUUGGAUUUCAAAGACGUGGGCGCAAACGGGGAAGAAAACGGAGUUAAAACGAAGAAGUUAUGAAGAAAACAGUUUUGUGAAUAAGCUGCCGACAGUAGCCUACGGAUCUGACAGUAGCUUACGGUUCAGGGGUUACGGAAAUCAGGUUUAAUAUGCGAAAAUUAGGUUUUUAUGGGGAUCUUUUAUUCCAUUCGACCUGUGACGAUUUUGGGGAGACCAUUAGGGGAUUUUGGGGCAUUCUUCUACAAUUCCACACCUUCCAUUCAUCUCCUAAUCAUCAAUCAUGCAAUUUCUCAUCAAGAUUGAAGAUCAAAUCAAGAGCAUGAGUGGCUAAACCACCUGUGAUCAUCUUCGGGGUUAGGGUUUAUGUACGAAACGUUGGUUUGCUUAUUGUUACAACUUUUUGGAUUAGGAUUCGAUUAAACUUUCGGUUAGUCGUUCCUAUUGUUUUUGUUUUGAUUAAACAUUAUUUGAUUAUCGUAUUCAUUCGUGUUCAUCAAUUA